GGCAGUGAGUGGCACACCACAGGAUCCCCUGCUGUCUCCGGAGGAUCUGAAGGCAUGAAGCUGCUUCAGGUUCUCCUUGUUUUGCUGUUUGUGGCACUUGCAGAUGGUGCACAGCCCAAGAGAUGUUUUAGCAACAUAGAAGGCUACUGCAGGAAGAAAUGUAGAUUAGUGGAGAUCUCUGAGAUGGGAUGCCUGCAUGGGAAAUACUGUUGUGUUAACGAGCUGGAGAACAAAAAGCACAAGAAGCACUCAGUCGUUGAAGAGACAGUCAAACCCCAAGACAAGUCAAAAGUACAAGACUAUAUGGUCCUGCCCACCGUCACAUACUACACCAUCAGUAUCUGAAUGAACCACUUGUUCACGAAGGCCAUUGUCCCCUGCAGCCCCAUGGAAUCCAGUGGGCUGCUUCUGUCCUGUCUCUUUCCUUCUGUGAACUUGAAUCCGCACACAAUAAAGUUCGACCCUUUUGCCUGUAUCCACGCCUUGUCUGGAUAUUAUAAAUGUGAACGAUUAGCUGCUGCAUUGCUUGCGUUUCACCUGUGAAAUGGGGACACAGAGAUUAAGUGAACGCUGGGGGAGGUGUCAGCAAGUCUCUCCACUUUGCAGCCAAGAUGGUAUUUCACAGAUCUCAAGUAGUUCCCUUCAUUCAAAAAAAAACAUUAAAAAUAAUUUUAGACAGUU